AUGCAUAAGGUAGUAUUAAAGAGUUUUAAAAAGUGGCAUUUAUAUAAAGAUGGACAUUCUUUUAUAUUACAUGGAAAGAAAGGAGUAGUGACAACUGGAAAUUUGUUAUUAAAUAAAGAAGACACAAAAAAAAUCGAACUAAGCGAAGAUAACCAAAAUAGUAAAAGCGGCAAGAAUGAAAUACCUUCUAAAAAUAUUGAAAACCGAAUUAUUUUACACAAAUCAAACUAUAUAGUAAAUGGUUGUAAAAUAAAUGAACUAGUGAGCAUAUUAAAUUUAUAUAUAAAAUUAAAAAGUGAUAAUCUUGAAUUACUAAAGAAUAUUUCUGUAAAUUUAUUAAUGAACAAAGAAAAGCUGAGAUAUCAUGAUAUUAUAAUUUUUAUAAAAAAGUUUUCAAUCAUAAAAUGUAAAAACUAUUUUUUGUUUUGUUAUUUUAAAGAUGUAUUAAUGGAAAACAUUCAUUUAAUUAAUUGUGAUGAUUUAAUUGACAUAUAUUUUUCUUACACAAAUUUAAACUAUUUUCAUUAUAAUUUUUUUUUAUUACUUGAAAAGAAGAUAUUUCAUAAUUUCCAUCUUUUAGAUAUAAAAAAAUUAGUGUGUUUAAUCCAAUGCUUUAAGAAAAAAAGAAUAAUUUCCAAAAGUUAUUUAACUAUAUUAUUAUAUGGAAUAUCGAAGAAUAUAAAUAAUUUUAAUACGUUUCAACUAUCAGUGGUUUUUGGGUUUUUCAGAAAUUUUAAUUUAAAUAAUAAUGUAUUACUUAAUUCAUUGAUUCAUCAUUUUAAUCAACAUAUUAAUCUUAACGAUGAUCCAAAAACAGUAGCACUCUUUUAUAAUUUUUUAUCUUAUGUACACGAUAAAUGCAAGACAAAUUAUCAGAAUUUUGAGAAAGAGAAAAAUUUAGUAAAUUUUAUAAAAGCAUUUAAGUUAUGUUAUGAAGAAAACGACUUAAAUUAUGAGCAUGUGUGUAACAACAAAGAACUGGAAUGUAUAGAACUGAAUAAUAAUGAAAACAAAAAUGAGCUAUCCCAAAUUAGUAAGGAUAAUAUAGUAUCAGACGCGAAAGGAAUACAAGCAACAGAUCAGAUUGUAAGAAGCAAAAUAUUAGAACUGGAAAAUAAAUAUUUGUCUAAAAAUGAUGAAUUAGAAAAUUUAAAAGAACAAACAAAUUCUUUAAAGAUGAAUUCAUAUAAUGUUAGUUUAUUAUAUUCUACUAAAAAUGCUUUGAAAAAUAUAGAAAUUAUAUCAAAGAAAAAAAUAAAAAAUAUGUCGGUUGAUUCAUUAUGUUUAGUAUCAUUGAGUUUGUCAAAAAUUAGUACUACAAGCAAAGUAUUUCUAGAAAAAAUCGCUGAAGAAGUAGGUAGACAAUCUAAUAAGUUAACUCCUUUAUUAGUCAGUUCAUUGUUGUUAUCUUUUAGUAAAGCAAAUCACAGACAUGGAAGUUUAAUUUAUUAUUCAUUAAAAUUUUUUUAUAAAUAUUACAAUUUUUUUAAUAUUAAUCAAGUAGGAUUUUUAUGUAAAGGUCUAUAUAAUUUUUCCAUUAAAGAAAAUGAAUUUAUUGAUGUAUUAAAUGAGUUUGUUCUAAAUAAUCUGCAUAAUUGUAAUAAUUUGUGCAUCGACAAGGAAUCCUAUGAUGAAAAUAAUUUAAGUGGAAUACAUAAGGAAUACUUAAAUUACAAUGAUAAUGCACUAUCCACAUAUAGAAAUAAAGACUUAAGCAAACUGUUUCAUAUUGUUGAAACAAAUAUUGAUAAAAACAUUGAGUGGAGAAAUUAUGAAGAUCAAUUUUUAAAUUUAAAAAGAGUGUAUAAUGAAAAUGAUAAAAAAGACAAUAAAAAAAAUGUAGAUAACUAUAAGAACGAAGUAGAUAGUAAUUUUUUAAAAUUUAGUUAUAUUGAUUAUGAAAAUAUUAAAAAUAAAAAAUAUUGUACAAAUAGUUUAUAUAAUAUAAAAAUGAGUAACACAGUUUAUAUAAAUAAUAUUAUAUAUAUAUUGGAAUAUUACGCAUUUAAUUUGGUGAGCAUAAGCAAUAUUUUAGACUCUUUUUGUGAUAUUUUUUUAAAAAGUAAUUUAAAUUAUAUUUUAUAUACAAGAAUAUUUCAUUCAUUUUAUUUACUUAAGUAUCAAGGAGAGAAAGUAUAUGAUCUGAUCGAAAAAUUUAAUGAGUAUCAGCCAUUACAGCAAAAUAUGUAUAAAGAAAAACAUACCAAACAAUUGUUGCAAUCGUUACUUUAUUAUUAUGAAAAUAGCGAUAAUAAUGAUGAAAAGGUGAAUAAAAUUGGAAAUAUAUAUUUCUAUAUUUUGUCUAAAAAAUAUCUUUCUUUUGUUUUUAACUUUUCAAAAUAUAUUAUAACAUUUUUAUUUAUUAAAAAUAAUAAUUAUGUGCUACAUAAGUUUUUAAUUAAUAUCAAAGAUAUACCAUUAAAUAGGGAAGAUUAUAUAUUUCUACACAGACCAAUCAACUUGUAUUGA